GAUGUUUCUCUCCCCUCUCUAGUAUGCCGACCUCGACGUCGACAAUCGGCUGGACUUUGGCCAACGUGGGCCCAGCGCCCACCACGUACCCUGCCGCUCCAUCAUGCACCGCUGCCAGCUCCCUGAUCUUGGAUUGGCAGAACUUGCGAGAGUCACAAUGGGGAGUCAGCUGCGGAGUCCCUGACGACUGCUGGCCGCAACCGACAGACUCGGCCUUGAAAGAUGAGAUCAAGACUAACCCCCUCAUCGUCCCCUUCUACUCGCCUGGGGUGGCAUGUCCGACAGGAUGGCAAGCAAUCGGUUCCAUCGCCCAUCCGACGGGACCGAGCGCGCGGGUGACGUCCUCUGGUUAUCUUAGUGUAUACGAAUACGAAGACUUCAGCAACGGAGACUGGAUAUAUGGAUACCACAUCCGGGACGCCUUUGGAGUCCUGCUCGAUCCUGGAGAGACAGUCAUCGCCUGCUGCCCGAGCUCCUUCUUCGUGGAAGAAUAUCUAACAGUCUGUGUCUCGGCCGUUCCAUAUACCCCGAGCACCGGGUGUGAAACUAGGUGGUCAGAGCGGCCGGUGGACAUAUCGACAACCCCGGUGAUCAUAAAUGGGACGACUUCAACGGUCCAAUUGCUUAUGCCACUGACGUCCCAUCUCCCAUCAACAACGGUCGAGACCACCUUUAGCAGCACGGAGCACCUUUUGGUUCAUUCGCAGAUGGGGCCGAUCUAUAUCGUUCACCAGCCGUCUGAUUUGGAGGGCACGGCGUCUGCUUCAGCAACGGGUGGAUCCGAUCAAGACAGCACAAGCAAUGAGGCUGAAAGCACAGGCACGAAUGCCGCGUCGGCCCUUCGCGUGGGUCACUCACAGUCUGGCUGGGGCCAGAUUGCUGGGCUCGCGGUGGUCCUGAUUCUGUCUCUUCUCUCGGGAAUGGCGCUGGUUCUGCCUUGGUAG